AUGCUCCGGCGCCGAGGCCGCGUCCUCAUCCAGAUGCUCUCCACUCCCUCCGCCGCCACCACCUCCCCUCUCCACCGCCCCAUAUCCGCCGCCGCCCGACCACAGCUACACGCUCGGAGCUGCAUCCUCUCCUCUCCCCGCCGCCUCCUCUCCGGCAUCUCCCCAACAACCGGGUUCGCCGUGGAGGAGUACCUCGUCGGCACCUGCGGCCUCACCCGACCGCAGGCACUCAAGGCCUCCCCCAAACUCGCCCACCUCAGGUCCGCCGCCAACCCCGACGCCGUCCUCGCCUUCCUCGCCGGCCUCGGCCUCUCCGGCGCCGACGUCGCCGCCGUCAUCGCCCGGGACCCCAAGUUCCUCUGCGCCGGCGUGGACAAGGGCCUGUCCCCCAUCGUCGCGGGGCUCUCCGGCCUCGGUUUGUCACAUUCCGAGAUCGCGCGCCUCCUCUUGCAGUCCCCCAACAAUUUCCGUUCCAGAUCCAUCGUCCCCAAGCUGCAGUACUACCUGCGCCUCUUCCGCUCCUCCGAGAGGCUGCUCCGUGCCAUCAACUUCAACACCGCCCUCCUCGCCUACAAGAGCAAGGUGGAGCUCAAUGUCGCGUUCCUGCGUCAGUGUGGGUUCGGCGAUGGCGACAUUGCCAAGCUGUGCAGCUCGAUACCGAGGAUGGUCACCGCCAACAUGGAGCGUGUUCGGACAAUGGUGGCGUUGACCGAAGGCCUCGGCGUGCCCCGGGGGUCCGGAAUGUUCAGGCAUGCUCUGAGUGCCGUCGCAUUCCGCGACGAGAAGCAUAUCGCAGCCAAAGUGGAUCACCUGAAGAAGACGUUAGGGUGGUCGGAUGCCGAGGUGGGCAUUGCUCUGCCUAAGGCCCCGUUUUUGCUCGCCAAGUCGAGCGAAUCGCUGCAGCACAGCUCCGAGUUCCUCAUGUCUGAGGUGGGGUUGGAACCCGCGGACAUUGCUCAGCAGCCGGUAACUCUCUGUUACAGCCUAGAGGGCCGGAUGAAACCUCGGUACUACGUUGUAAAGUUUCUCAAGAAAAAUGGAUUGCUCAAGCACGACCCGAGCUACUAUACUGUUUUCAAGGAGACCGAGAAGUAUUUCGUGGGGAAGUUCAUAUACCCUCACAAGGAAGCUGCACCACACCUUGCUGAAGAUUAUGCUGCCUCUUGCGGAGGGGAAGUGCCCACUAGAUUCAAAUUUACAUGA